UUUAUUGUUUUCUCGUGCAUGUGGAUAUUUAUGUCUGUCUGCGGUCCGUUACAUUGUUUGAUCUGGUCGGGACUUUAUUUUAUUCACAUUUACAGGCUCUCAGUCCUUUAGACGUAAGGACACAGUCAGUGAUUCAUAGGAGUCGUCUGACGCUUGAACCGCGAGAAUCAACAAAUCCGAGCAUGAAGAACAUACACUGAAGUAAAGGCACCCAGGAGCCUGUUUAUAAUGGGCUUCUUUCUUCACCUUCAGGAAAUGAUUCAUAUUUAAAACACCAUGCCUCCAGUGACCUCUCAGGAACUCCCUCUCAACAUCUAUGUGGUCAUCUUUGGCACCGGGAUCUUUGUUUUUAUGUUAAGCUUGAUAUUCUGCUGCUUCUUUAUAAGUAAAUUGAGACAUCAGGCUCGCAACGUGAGAGCUGGAUACAAAAUGGUUGUAUUUAAAGACGAAACGACGCGGUUACAUGCACACGGGUUAACAUGUGCAGUCUGUUUGGAGGACUUCAGGACAAAAGAUGAGCUUGGAGUGUUGCCAUGCCAACACGCCUUUCACAAGAGGUGUCUGGUGAAGUGGCUGGAAGUGAGAUGCUCGUGUCCCAUGUGCAACAACCCCAUCAGCGAUGCUCUGGGACAAACACACAGUCCAGGAAACCUGCUGGACGAACUGCUCUAACCUCAUUAAACAUACUUACAAUCUAGUUCUCCGAAUCGGGCGCCGUUUCUACCUAAAAAUCUUGUAGAACUCGAAUAGGCCUUUAUUUAAAAAGCAUUGCUGUUGUAAAGCAUCACUUGUAAUCUUCUGAUAUGCCUGGUUUAAAAUCUUUGCGGAACGUUUACACACGAUAUUGUGUGUUAGCGUGUAAGAUCACUUGAAAGUAUUCACUUAAACCAAUUUAAACAAUUUUUUUUAAUGAACUUGCGUAUUUCUGGCCCUGUGUAGUUUAUGGUAUUAAUAAGACGUAGAACACUUAAUUUUUGCAUUUUUAGACAUCAGUUUUUACUUAAAGCAAAACUUUUCUUUGUAAAAGGUAUUGUUCGUGUUUUAUAUGUAUAGUUGUGUCUUGUCUAUGUAUAGCUGUAUUAUAUUUAUUAAAUAUUUUUCUAUUUCCGCUUUAGUUUAUUAGCUUGAAUUAUCCUAGUAGGUCAAGUUAAGCUAAAAUGGAAAAUGCUGCCUUGACAAUAGCGGAAAUAAAAAUCCCUUAAUUUUGUAAUUUCAAAUAAAAGCUUCAUGGUUUUA